AUGGACAAACUCGCCCAAUAUCUUCCUCCAACAUCCGGCGGAAACCUCCCGAACUGGAUGCUAUUCGUAUCCGGCCUCGCCAUCUUCAACGGCGUCCAGAACUACCUCACAACUCGCCUCACCGCGCAAGUCUACGCUCGGAGACCGGCAUGGGUCAACCCCCUCCAGGCCCGCCUGUUCGGCGUCUGGACUCUCAUGUCCGCCUUCGUUCGCCUUUAUGCCGCCUACCACAUCCAUUCGAAGCCCAUUUACGACCUCACCAUCAUCUCCUAUAUCCUCGCUCUCGGCCACUUUGCCUCGGAGGCGCUCGUCUUCCGCACCGUCGGCUUGAAGGGCGUCUUCUUCCCCUUCGUUGUGGCGUCGAGCUCGCUUUACUGGAUGAUCACCCGUGCGUUCCCUUUCCGCGCUCCUUACGCUUCACUCGCUCACGAUAUUCCUUCUUCGUCUUCCGCAGAGUACGACUUCUACGUUCGGCUGUAA